AUGCUCUCGCCCAUGGCUAAGGAUGACGAAUCAACCGCGGCACCCUUCGACCGGGUAGAGAACACAGGCUCUCAGUCUCAGUCUCAGUCUCAGUCCCAUUCUCAGUCACAGUCUCAAACUGAGUCUCACUCUCACUCUCAGCCUCAAUCUCACUCUCACUCGCGUUCUCAUGCCCGAUCCCACUCCCAAUCCCAAGCAUUCUCACACUUCGGGUCAGCCGUGACACCAGCUGCUUCGUCAACAUGGGGCCUCGGCGAGCCAACACCCUCACACCAUCUCUCGUCCGAAGCAUCAACGUCGCCGGCCGAGUCGUGGAGAUUAGAUGAGUUCGUCACCGACCCCGGGUAUCUCGCCUACCAAGAGGAGCUGAGAUGCCUCAUCUUCAACACGGCACAAACGGCAGCUCCCACGCGAGAGGGGACGCCGGAGGCAGCUGAUGGCGGCUUUUCUGCCGGGGGCUUCGCGGCGCCGGGUACCAUCUUGGGCGAUGAGGGAGCCGCGCGACGGCAGGCCGGCCAGAUUCUGGGAACAGGUCGGAGGUUGGAGUAUUUGAAGAACUACGUCGGAGAGGUCGCGACAUGGCUCGACAUGUUCGACAGCGACAGGGCUUUUGGCAUACAAGUUCCUGUCCUUGCCCGAAGCUCCCCUGCACUACUCUACGCCGUCCUCGCCCUCUCGGCGCGACAGAUGGAGCGAAAAGAGGGGAAACAAACAUCGUUUGACAGCCUCGAGCUGUACCAGGAAGCUAUCCGCCUACUAACGCCAUUACUGCAAUCACGAGACCAGAAGAUCAUUCCCAUCUGCACAAUUCUGUGCUGUCUCGAGAUGAUGUCUGCCAGUGCACAGGACUGGAGGAAACACCUCGAGGGGUGUGCCGCGCUCUUCGAAUCCUUCUACGUUCACGGCUUCAGCGGCGGUCUACUUCAAGCUGUUUUCUGGUGCUACGCGCGAAUGGACCUAUGCGGUGCCCUCAUUUCGGAUGGAACAGAAAGCACCCUUCUCACCCCCUCAAAAUGGCUCCCCAGCGGCGCUUCACACAACGAAGCAAGCGAGCUCUUCCACCAGUCUGGAACCCCCGACAUGCACGCCAACUACGCCGUCUACCUCUGCGCCAAAGUCUGCGAGCUCGUCGCCGACAGGACGCGCUACUUUGAACUCGGCGACGCAAGCGGCUGCAGCAGCCCCGAUGAGCUCACCGACCGCUGGAUCCGCCUCUGGGAAGACCUCCAAGCCUGGACGCGCGACCGGCCGCCAGAGCUGCUGCCCGUCCAGAGCAUCCAGAGCAGCCCGUUCCCUCAGAUUCUAUUCCUGCACUGGGCGGCCAUCUCUUCGAACCAGCUGUAUCACACGGCCUGUACGCUCUUGCUCGGGUCCAUGCCACGGCCGCUGAACCUUAAGCUGGGUGGUGUUACGGGCUCCGCCAUCUGGCAUGCGAAAUGCAUCUGCGGUAUAUCGCUCGCGAACCCGCACCAGGGCUGCUUGAAUAACGCCAUCCAGCCGCUUUGGCACGCUCUUCUCGUGAAGCUCAUCCGCAGCAUUGAGGCUGUGACGGGAUGGGGCACGUGUUGGAGAAUUGAUGAUCUCGAGGCCGCUUGGGGUUACAAGGUCCGCAAGGAACUCAGAAUCGCUGAUAUGGUUAGGUGA